AUGAUUGAUUACAAAUUCUCAAGUAACAAGAAAUUGCGUGUGCUAUAUUUUGGUCGUAGUGCUAAAGGCUGUCCAGAGGUUACAUAUCCUGCGGCUAGUAAGAUAAGGCAUUUAAGGUACUUUCAGAUUUCCGGUUUAAAACUUAUUAAUAUGCAUGAUGAUGAAUCCAUCGGUAAGCUUUACAAUUUGCAGACGUUGGUAUUAAGUGGGUGUGGCUCUGUCCAUAAUGUUCUUAAGAACAUGGGAUCCUUGAAAAAUCUCAGGUUCCUUGAUAUCUCGUCUUCGGAUAUUAAAAAACUACCUGACUCUGUCACUAGUCUAUCAUUACCAGAAGAUUAUGGAGCAUUGUGUCAGUUAAGGUCCCUUGACCUAGAAGGUACUGGAAUCAACGUAUUACCAGACUCCUGUUCAAACCUUCACAAUCUUGAGGUGCUGCAUCUUUUCCACUGUGAGCUUCCCAAAGAUGUAAAGAGUUUUACAAAACUUCAAAGAUUUCGUUACACUUAUCGGGAAAAACCAAUUAUGCUGGAGGGUGUAGGAAAACUAGUUCGCCUUCAAGGUUUGAUUAACGCUGUGCCGGAUAAACUAAUAAAUGAAGCUGAAUGUAACGUUGGUGUUGAAGAGUUGGGAAACCUAAACUUUCUAGAGGCACUAGAUAUUGUGAAUCUUGAAAACGUGAAAGACCCAAUUGAUGCUGAGAGAGCAAAUUUAAAAGGAAAACAGAAUCUUCGUGAAUUGGGUCUAUGUUGGGGUAAAAGAGAAGAAGAGUUGAGCGCGAUGUGGUGGGACCAGAAUGCAUGUAAUGAUCUUCAAGUGUUGCAAGCUCUCCAACCUCCUCCUGGUUUGACAACAUUGGCUACCAGCAUCUAUUGGGCAGCUCCCAGUUUAGAUAUUGGUGGAUUUCCUUGCUUAAUCGAACUUUAUCUUAAUGAUCUGUUCCUUCUGGAAGAAUUGUGUCCAUAUCCUCAUCUUCAGCUUCUGAGGAUUAUUGACUGCAAAUGUUUGAAGGAAAUCCCUUCGUUUCCUUCUUUGACGACAUUGGUAUUGGUGAAGGUCGACCCCAAGUUAGUAUUCUCAGUUGGGAGAAACAAGACAUCUCUCACACAUCUAUGGUUGAAGAAUAUUGAGGAGCUUACAUACUUCCCAAUGAACAUACUCCAAAGCAAUUGUAAUCUUCAACUUCUGCGGAUAAAAAAUUGCAAUCUGUUUGAAGGAUUUGGUGUAAAUGAUGAUGAGAAUAAGAACGACUCCCCUAAAUUCCAUGGUGGUUCCAUUCAGAAAUUGAUGUUGCAGGACUGCCCAGUUCUUAAGUUUCUGCCAGACUUGCAAGGAUCGACUUCUCUUCAGCAAUUGACCAUCUUCAAUUGCCCACAACUGAAGAAAUCUUUAACAUAUGAUCUGAAAUCCCUCUCAUUUCUUAAAGAAUUGUAUCUUGAUUUUAAUCAAAGAGAAGAGCAGCGAGGCGAUCCAUCUAAUAUGUAUGACUUGAUUAAUUUGAUGAAGAUGUAG